AUGGCCCACUAUACAGCUCCCGCAGAGCCACAUAUAAUGCCCCCGCCUAUUCCCAUCCGCAGCCACCUACGAAACGGAUCAGCAUAUCAGAAAAGGUUGCACGCUAUUCGUUCUAUACCCACAAACUCUAAGGGCGCCCCGUCGUUUCCUUUUUCUCUGAAUCUCCUCGAAGAGUUUGAUCAUGAGUUGACGGGAACACAGAGUUUAGUCAGUGCAGUUCUGGACGGCAAGAACAUGAAUAGCAAGAAAGAAUCUUCAUGCUGGGAUAGUGGGAAAGAGACCGAUACGACGACCGAGAGAAGGCAAACAGGUAAUACUCUGGAAGACAUGUGCUCCAGUGAAGUUGAGUCCAAAGUGAGCUACUUCGAUGGUUACCCAAAGAUAUUACGAUCAGAUCCAUUAAAGAUAUCCUCGACAGCUUCAACUAAUCAUAGUCGAAACGCUACGGGAGAUCCAAGUGAGGGUCUUUUCGGGCAAAUCGGGGUGCGGGAAUGCGUGCCUUCUCUACGAGGAAGUCACGACGGCACAACUUCUGCGACCCGCACGAACCACGCGAUCUGCUCCAACAACACAUUACCACCCUCCGACUACAGUGCCGAGAAGAUGGAUACAAAUGCGCUGGGUUGGCUCGCACAAGGGCUUCUCAGCCCUCGUUCUGAUGAGCCAGGCUCCCCUAGGCAGGCCACCAGCAAUUCUGAUCGCCCCUUCCUUUCGAGACAUGUCAAUCUCUCGCUCUUUCCACCAAUGUCUCCGUCGACUGGAAAUAGAGAAUACACACCACCAGGCAGCCCUUUCUCUCGGCCUAUAUGUCCAAUGUCUCCGUUGAGCAAUGGGAGAGAUGCUUAUGGCAAUUACAGAGCUUCGAACAAGCGGGACUAUUUAACGACACAUUCCCCACCAACAUCGCCUAUUAAACGGGUCGUAUCAGACAGUCAGGAACACUCUGAACCGGAUAUCUCGUCACCUAUCGUACAUCUUCGUGGUGGAGGCUGGAACGACUUCAAAUCGUUCUGGAAGACAACUGACACCAAUGAGAUUGGUCAAUCCUUUGGUUCUACUUCUUUGCAAGAAUCUGUCGAGAAGGAGGGUAUUCUUCGAGUCGUUUCUCCGAUCCACUAUAUUGAACGUCCGGAAAGUCGAGCACCGCAAAGUAUGCGAUCGCAGUUCCCGGUCAUUCGUGCUGGCAAGAUUGACAAGAUAACAGAAGAGACGCCAGAGAGACCAUGUACCGUCGAUGCAAGGCGAGAUGGCCAACUCUUCAGAGAGAUAGGCACAAGGCAAGGCUCGGAUACUCUGGACUCUGAAGAUACGAACGAUAGCUCUAUUCGUAGGGCUUGUACCGAGGCAGUCUUUAAUCAGUAUUUUGGACCUCAAAUGUCUCUACCAAUAAGAGAUGGACCGCGGUCACCUCGAAUCGACAAAACCUUGGCACCACCGAAUAUUCAAAGUGCGCCGACAGGCGAGAAUGAGACGUGUCACUCCAUGAGCCCUUCGUAUCCAGUUGCGAGUAGAAAAUUCGCUUUAUGGAACAACGUGGAGUCAAAAGAACAUCAAGGUACUGAUGCUACAUUGCGAAGUCAUGUGGUAAACCCAAGGGACAACAAGAGGUGGGCCAGAAAACGUCCUCCUCCGCCGCCUAUACUCCCAAUGCCAAACCCACCCAGAUGCCAGCGAGCCGAUUCAUCCGAACCCGAAGUGUUCGAAAGUUCUGACGAUGACAGUUGUCGAGCAUCAUCAUUGCUAUCCGCCAAUACUUUGGAUGAUAACUUGAUGGACGUGCUAGGUUUGGAAAAAACUGAUGCGUACAGAAGAGUUAAGCAUGAGCCUGCUAUUCAACGUAUACAAGAAGAGAGACAAAGAUACGAAGAGGCAGAUUGUAUAUGUGAUGUGAACGUAAGACUACAAGAGCAACUGCGACGGCGAGAGCCUGAUCUGAGCACAACAGUGCUGGACGAUAGCUUCACUGCGGUCAUGAGACGCCAAUCAACCGACAGACGGCACGACCUAGAGCGUAUGGCAGUCUCGGGUGAGCGUCGCCCUCCUGGAUCACCUACGCCAUCGCGAUAUCUCCCUCACUAUGGCCAUAUCACAGCUAAAGCUCAGGUUGUACCCCAACAGCGGAACGCGCAGUACCUUACCAUCGGCUACCCUUCUAUCGUAUCUACACCAGGAGUUGCUGAAUCAGCUCCUGUCAAAGGUCAGAGCCCUUUGCAGACAGUUCUUUCGAAGGCAGGGGAAAUCAGUCGUUUGAUUCUCGCUGCGCCUUCAGGCUCGAGAUACAAGACGUAUUCGAAACGGCAUCCUCUGAUGGAGUACUAAGAGAAGAAACCACCAGGAUUGGGAGCAGAUGCUACUGGAUGGCCCAGAAAUGGUAAAUCGUUCUCUACAGCGGCAAAAGGGAUGCUCAUAUCGACUCAAGUACCCAGCUCGGAGACGACUUUUGCUGGCGUUCAGCCACCGAGUAGCAGAGGUGGUCAGACACAGCGCGAUAACAGGGGCUGGGAGCACCCGAGAGGCAGAAGAGUAGACAAAGUCAAGGAAUCGAAGCACAAGCAAUGGC